ACUAUUUGUCUCGGUUUAUUCUUUCUUGUUUAAAAAGCAAAGGAGAAGGCGAAAGAAACUGGUCUCCUAGAUCCACAGGAACAGCUACACUAGCCUACCUGUUCUUCGACUCGUCUCCGAUCGUGUUCGCUAUCUUCUCCUUCUCUUCCUCUCCAAGGAUUUAUUUUUGCUUAGUGGCAAGCAUGUCUUCAUCGUUCCUCCCUGCAACAACAGAGUCCAUUGCUCUGGCUUUGGAAGCUAAAGAUCCUUCGGAGUCUAUUUCAAUUCUUUACCGUAUACUUGAGAGCCCUUCAUCUUCUCCAGAAGCUCUUCGUAUAAAGGAGCAGGCAAUCACAAACCUUUCUGAUCUUCUCAGGCAAGAAAACAGAGCUGAGGAUCUUCGUAGCCUUCUCACUCAGUUGAGACCCUUCUUUAAUUUGAUCCCCAAGGCUAAAACUGCCAAAAUAGUCAGGGGAAUCAUUGAUGCUGUUGCAAAAAUACCUGGAACUUCUGAUCUUCAAAUUACCCUCUGCAAAGAAAUGGUGCAAUGGACCCGUGCUGAGAAACGUACAUUCCUUAGGCAGCGAGUGGAGGCAAGGCUUGCUGCUCUUUUGAUGGAAAAUAAGGAAUAUUCAGAAGCUUUGGCCCUUGUUACUAGCUUGGUCAAGGAGGUGAGGAGAUUAGAUGACAAACUACUGCUUGUGGAUAUAGAUCUGUUGGAGAGUAAGCUGCAUUUUUCAUUGAGAAAUCUUCCCAAGGCAAAAGCAGCACUCACAGCGGCCCGGACAGCCGCGAAUGCUAUAUACGUGCCUCCUGCUCAACAAGGCACGAUAGAUCUGCAGAGUGGGAUUCUUCAUGCGGAAGAGAAGGAUUACAAAACUGCUUAUAGCUAUUUCUUUGAAGCAUUUGAGUCUUUUAAUGCUUUAGAAGAUCCCCGAGCAGUUUUUAGCCUUAAAUACAUGUUACUGUGCAAGAUCAUGGUGAGCCAAGCUGAUGAUGUGGCUGGAAUUAUUUCUUCAAAAGCUGGUCUGCAGUAUGUUGGGCCAGAUUUAGAUGCUAUGAAAGCUGUUGCUGAUGCCCACUCAAAGCGAUCCUUGAAGGCAUUUGAGACUGCCUUGCGAGACUAUAAGGGACAGUUGGAGGAAGAUCCAAUUGUCCACAGGCACCUCUCAUCUCUGUAUGACACUCUUCUGGAGCAAAACCUGUGCAGGUUAAUUGAACCCUUCUCCAGAGUGGAAAUUUCACAUAUUGCUGAGCUCAUUGAGCUGCCUGCUGAUCAUGUGGAGAAGAAGUUGUCACAGAUGAUUCUUGACAAGAAGUUUGCUGGGACAUUGGAUCAGGGUGCUGGAUGCCUAAUCAUAUUUGAUGACCCUAAGACAGAUGCUAUCUACCCUGCGACUCUUGAAACCAUUGACAACAUGGGCAAGGUUGUGGACAGCCUCUUUGUGAGGUCUGCCAAGAUUAUGGCGUGAAAUGUUGUUCCUUUUAGAUUAUGUUUGGUUUUACUAAUCUUGCUCUUAAUUGCUGUUGUAUGUCGUUCCUCCUUGAUAUUGUUUUAGUUCUCACUUCUCACAGGACUUAAUUAGUAAUUACAUUACCUUAUGAGACCUUAUUUAGUCUUCUUUGAUUUUUCUUGAAAAACUUUGUUACAAAUCAGUUGAUGUAGCUCUUGCUUAUGGAACCUGGAAUGAAUAUUUCAUUCUGAAACGGUAGUAUCCUGAGAAUUCUAUGGAUAUCUGAGGCACAAAUAAAGGUUACCCUGUGCUUAAGA